UGCCGGGCGCGGGCGGCCCUGGGCCCGGGCGGCCGCGGGGCAGCGGCGGCGGGACCAUGUCGGUGGCGGGGCUCAAGAAGCAGUUUCACAAAGCCAGCCAGUUAUUCAGUGAAAAAAUAAGUGGAGCAGAAGGAACAAAGUUAGAUGAUGAAUUUCAAGAGAUGGAAAGGAAAAUUGAUGUUACUAAUAAAGCUGUAACAGAGCUUCUGUCCAAAUCCACGGAGUACCUUCAGCCAAAUCCAGCAUACAGGGCCAAGCUGGGAAUGCUGAACACUAUGUCAAAGAUCAGAGGACAAGUUAAAACCACAGGCUACCCCCAGACAGAGGGACUCCUGGGAGACUGCAUGAUACGGUAUGGCAGAGAGCUGGGCGAUGAUUCUAUGUUUGGCCUUGCACUACUGGAUGCUGGUGAGAGCAUGAAGCAAAUGGCAGAAGUGAAGGACUCUCUUGAUAUUAAUGUCAAACAAAAUUUUAUUGAUCCUCUACAGUUAUUGCAGGACAAAGAUUUAAAAGAGAUUGGGCAUCACUUGAAGAAACUGGAAGGGCGCCGCUUGGAUUAUGAUUAUAAAAAGAAGCGUUUUGGAAAGAUACCGGAUGAGGAAGUUAAACAAGCAGUAGAAAAAUUUGAAGAGUCAAAGGAACUGGCUGAAAGAAGCAUGUUCAAUUUCUUAGAAAAUGAUGUAGAGCAAGUCAGCCAGUUGGCUGUGUUUGUAGAAGCAGCACUAGAUUACCAUAAACAAUCCACAGAAAUUUUGGAGGAUCUACAGAGCAAGCUGCAAAACCGAAUAAAUGUAGCAUCUAGUCGGCCUAAGCGUGAAUUUAAGCCAAAGCCUGUAAUUACUACAACUCUGGAAAUUGGUGAUAAUCAGCAGCACAAUGGGAUUGCCUAUAGUUCUUCCAUAAAAUCAUCAGGUUCUUCAGUGCACAUGGAUCAGCCUUGCUGCCAAGCUCUCUAUGACUUUGAGCCAGAAAAUGAAGGCGAGCUUGGGUUUAAGGAAGGGGACAUCAUAACUUUGACCAAUCAGAUCGAUGAGAAUUGGUAUGAGGGGAUGUUAAAUGGAGAGUCUGGCUUCUUCCCCAUUAAUUAUGUUGAAGUGAUAGUUCCCUUGCCUCAGUGAUUGUGUCAUUUGAGCUGUGAACAUGAUUUCAUGACUGAAAUGGAUUCACAAAUGUUCUGUCAGUGUGGCAUUCUGUGAAAGCCUUGCUAUUUGACUGACUUACUGACUUUUGUAUGCGUCUUUUUAAAAUGUAUUUAUUUUAUAUUCAAAAAAAUUUCACCUUCCCUGAUUUGUCAACCUGCAAAAAAACCCAUACCCAGUUUUUUUGCUUUGUGCCUUGAAGAUCACUGUAUGAAGUGUUUACUGGUAGCUCACUGUUGCUCCAAAAAUGGAUUUCCUUGCUAUUAUUGUAUGUGGUUUAUUUUUUAUCUUUGGCUGCAAUGAUUUUACUAUUGAAAACCAUUUAAAAAUACUGUUAGUGAAGCUAACUGUAACCAGUUCCUAAGUUACUGAUGUCAUUGAGCUGUUUUCAUCUUUCACACCGUAAUUUAUUGUGAGCAAGUUAAUUCAUCUUUUGCAUUGAAUGUUGACAAAAGGCAAAGUGGUUGUUGUCAAUAUUAAGAUGAUGUUGUACUAAGUACAAGUUCUCAGCAUUGAAAAUUGGUAUAAUUUACUGAUCAAACUGAAUAAAUAUUUCUGUGGGGUAAGAA